UUUAAUUGGAUGGAAAUGGAGAAGAAGUUGAAGACGGAGACGGAGGCGUCUCCGUCGCAGACGGCGGCGUUGAAUACGGUAACCCCUUGUGCCGCUUGCAAGCUUUUGAGGAGAAGAUGUGUGGAAGAAUGCCCUUUUUCUCCUUAUUUUUCCCCUCAUGAGCCCCACAAGUUCGCCGCCGUUCACAAAGUCUUUGGUGCCAGCAAUGUCUCCAAGCUCAUCAUGGAGGUUCCGGUGAGGCAAAGAGCAGACGCGGCCAACAGUUUGGUGUACGAAGCGAACGUGAGGCUGAGAGAUCCGGUGUACGGCUGCAUGGGUGCCAUUUCGGCUUUGCAGCAACAGCUUCAGUACUUACAGUCUGAACUUAACUCUGUGAAGGCUCAACUUCUCAGAUACAAGUAUAGACAAGUGGUGGUGAACGGUGGCACUCAAACGCCGCCGGUUUUAAUGAACUCCAUGGCCGUAUCCGUGGCGGAGCCGCCACAAGCUCCUCCCCACUCUUCUCCGUCUUUGUUUACAACCUCUUCUAACAUGGCCAGCUUUAGUAGUGUCAUGCAAAAUAAUAACAACAUUUCGUUUUUUCAAUGAUAUAUUCAUAGUUAUAGAGGGCAACUAUUUUUUGUGAGCCUCAAAAUAUAUCUUCAUAUAUAAUAACUUAUAUAUAUAUUUUGAAAUGUUAAGUGCAGUUCCAUUUAAAAUCCUAUUUGAUUCGCUGAGAUUUAAAGAAAGUAUAUUUUGCAGGAAGUAGAUGUAAACGAGGCCCGGUUGUAAAUUGAGAUACAAUACAUUUAUCUUUUAUU